GGUGACGACUCUUUUGAUGACACCGGCUGAAAGGAUUAAAUGCACCCUGCAAAUUCAAGCCGUUGGAACGACGCAUCGCCACCACAACAAUGGAACAUGGGACUGUAUUAAGCAUCUCUGGCGCACGGGUGGAAUUCGAAACUUGUAUAAAGGGCUGGGAAUCACGUAUGUGCGAGGAAUUACGCAAGCCGGCGUAUAUCUUGGAACGAGUGACACAAUCAUUGCAAUGAUGACACCAUCCAGUGGGAAAAUGAGUCCGGGCCGAUCAAUGAUUACUGGCGGAAUGUGUGGUAUGCUGGUUUGGGCUGCAAUUCUACCGAUCGACACGGUUAAAACUAUUAUUCAAACAGAAAAAUUGGAACUCAUCGAUGUCCGCCAUCAACUUACAGCCUACAUAUUUCCUUGUCGUCCAGAAUUUGAAGAUAAAUUUCAAGAGGGGGGAAUUGAUUAAAAACGUACUGAUUUUUACCAUUUUAGCCACUCGUCAUCGAGUCCAACAUACUUUAAGUAUACAUACUUCUGUAUGGACCACUGUUUAUUGAUGAUUUUUAUAUAAAUCCAUAGAACCUGAAGGCCCAAGAAAAUCUGCAAAACAAAUCGUAUUCCAUAUGAUGACGACGGAAGGAAUACCAGGAUUUUACAAAGGACUUGUUCCCGUUGUGAUGCGAGCCAUGAUUUUUAAUGUUGUCACAUUUAGCUCAUUUACAUUGUUUUAUUCUAUUUUGAAGGAAAUGUAAAGGAAAGGCGCAUUAUCUGAUAAAGUUGUGGAUGUGGAACAACAAAAAACU